AUGGGCCUGUUCCGGGCGAUCCCGAAGCUGCUGCAUAAGCAUGUGGUGAUGGCCUGUACGGCCCCGGGCCACCAGCACGUCCUCAGAAAUGGGGGGCUCAGGUUCACGGUGGUUCCUUCCAGAUUUCAGGAGAAUGUCAGGAAAGCCUCCUCCUCCUCCCCUUACCCAUACACCAUGGAAACAGCCAAGCAGAAGGCCCUGGAGGUGGCCAGGAGCAUGCACCAGAAACACGGGAAGGCUGUGGAGGACAGAGAUGGCAAACCCACGGUGCAGAGCCUCCCCCCGACUGCCAUUGUGGAACUGAUAGAUGGCUUCAAGGGGUCCAAGGCCCUGUUCACGGCUUGCAAGAUGAAGGUGUUCGAUUUGCUGGGGGACGAGGGCCCCCUGAGCACGGCGGACGUUGCCAGGAAAAUCGGUGCCUCAGAGGGCGGAACUGGACAGCUGCUGGACGUCUGUGCAGGCCUGGGCCUGCUGGACAAGACAGAGGGAGGUUACAGCAACACACCCCUGGCCACCCUGUACCUGCUGUCAGAUGGCGAGUACUCCCUGCACAGCUUCAUCAUGACCCAAGAGGAAGUCAGCUGGCCCUUCUUCUCCUACCUGGACUUUGCUGUCCGGGAGGGAACCGUCCAGGCCCAGAGGGCUCUGGGCACAGCAGGGGAGGACCACUAUCAGGAGUGCUUCUACAAGAAUCGAGAAAAGAAGCUGCAGUUCAUGCGGGCCAUGCACGGCCACACCAAGGUGGCUGCUCGCCACGUGGCCACAGCUUUUGACCUGUCUGGAUUCACCUCUGCCUGCGACCUGGGAGGGUCCACAGGCGCCCUUGCCUACGAGCUGGCCCGGCAGUACCCGGGUCUGAAGGUGACCAUAUUUGACCUACCAGAGGUCAUCGAGGAUGCCGUGUUCUUUAAGCCCCAUGGACCCGAGGCAGGGCAGGUCAGCUUCGUGCCAGGGGACUUUUUCCAAGACACCCUCCCGGAGGCUGACCUGUACAUCGUGUCCAAAAUUCUGCACAACUGGCCCGACGACAAGGUGCACCAGCUGCUGAGCCGCAUCUCCCGCAGCUGCAAGCCAGGUGGCGGCCUCCUGGUGGCGGAACAGCUGCUGGACGAGGACAAGUGCAGGCCCCUGCCCGCCUUGAUGAUGUCGCUGAACAUGACGGUGCUGUUCCAGGCCAGGGAGCGCAGCCUGAGCGAGUACCGCAGCCUGCUGCAGGCACACGGCUUCACCGACGUGCGGGCCGUGCGCACUGGGAGCACCUCGGAUGCCGUCCUGGCCACCAGAGCCUGACGGCCACCUGUAUGCCAGUCCCAGGGUCACUCCCCAGGGAGGACACUGGCCCACAGUCCCCCACUGUGGUCCAUAGAUAGAAAGUUUCCUGCAAGGGGCUGGAGUCACUCCCCAGGCUAAGGAAUGGGGCCAGCAGCGCCACCUGGAGCUUUUUGG